UUUUUCUUCCAGGGCUCUACGUGCGCCUUAGUCGAUGCCAUUUUACGUUCCUACAAUGUUAAAACCGGUUUUUAUAGUUCACCCCAUCUAGUGUCGGUAACCGAACGUAUACGCAUUAAUGGUCAACCCAUAUCAAAGCAAAAAUUCAAUCAAUACUUCUGGCCUGUCUAUAACAAACUAAUGGAAACACAGGAAUAUGAAAAUGAUAUGCCGGCAUAUUUCAAAUUUCUAACCGUUCUAUCGUUUCACGUUUAUCUGGGUGAAAAGGUGGAUGUGGUUAUAUUAGAAGUGGGCAUAGGCGGAGAAUUGGAUUGUACCAAUGUAGUGCCGAAUACAAAAACCGUGGGUAUUUCUUCACUGGGCUUAGAACACACACAGUUGCUGGGCAAUACACUUAAAGAAAUAGCCUGGCAAAAGGCAGGCAUUAUAAAGCCACACUCCACGGUUUAUACAUCGGUCCAGCAAAAAGAAUGCUUAGAUGUGAUAUAUGAAAGAGCUCAAGAAAAACAAGCGAUAGUGCAUAGAGUGCCAGAGUUUGAAUCAUAUUUUCGUGAUCCAUCAGUGGAACAUGUUAAAAAACAGCUAAAUAAUUGUACGGUACUCAAUGGAUCCCUAGCUUUACAGUUGGCCUAUGAUUGGUUAAGACAAAAUUGUAAUGGUUUUCAUCGAGAUUAUGAAGUAAAUAAACCACAGCUAACUGAACAGGCCAUUAAAGGUAUUUUGAACUGUAAUUGGCCGGGUAGAUGUCAAAAAGUAAAGUUUUUUAAUUUCAAUAUUCACUUGGAUGGAGCCCAUACGGUGGAAAGUAUGCAAGUAUGUGGUCAAUGGUUUUCACAAGUAACUACUGAUUCAACUAUACCAAAAAUUCUACUCUUCAAUACUACCGGUGAUCGUGAUUCUGAAAAACUAUUAACUAUUUUACGUAAUUUCAUCACAUUUGACUUGGUGUGUUUUGUACCAAAUAUUGCCUCUUUAUCGAAAGAUAAAAAUCAAGAUAAUAAAUCGAUUCUAUAUAGCUAUACGGAACAACUGAAACGAGCUCAAAUGCAUGCCACCAAUUGGGAGAAAAUGUGUCUCGAAGAUAAAGAAAACAAUACGGGCAAAGUAUUUCCCACAAUAGUUGAAAGUUUUCAACAUAUACGUCAGAUUUAUAACAAAUCAGAGGAAUUAAAUAUAUUAGUAACAGGUUCAAUACAUUUAAUAGGAGCUACUAUAUUAUCGUUAAACGAAUUGUGUCCUGAGUUAAAUGAGGAACACAAAUAGCUUUAGAGAGUUUAAUAUACAUAGACAUUGUGAAAUUUACUUUAAUUUUUUAGGUUAUAGUUUUGUAAAUAGCAACUUAAUAAUAUAAAUUGUUAAUAAUAAUAAAAAAUAUGAAUUGAAUGAAUUACA